AUAUGAUAUAUAUAUAUUUUGUAAUCAAUGUGCAGCUCGGUUAUGAAUUCUGCCCUUAUGGGGAUAAUGUUGCUUCUCUCCCAAGCUCGAAGCUCCCAACGAUGGUCUCCAGACGAUGCCAAAGAAAUGUAACUUUAAUUUCUCUCUCUGAGUCGAAGCCUCUAAACAGUGGAAUCAACAAUCUGAAGCAUCGGAACUCGGAAUUUUUCCAGUAUUAGGGAGAUCAGCCUCGACAUAUCCUACGUCGCCGAUGAACAUCGAAUUGCUGGUUGUUUUACUGAAUCAUGGAAGGUCGCCAAGGCAAGAGGAGCUCCAAAACGUCCAUUAUCAAAGGACUAAACGUUACGGUUCCGCCGAUCAACAUUCAGAUGGACAAUCAUUUGGUCAUCGGCGGGACCGGACACUAUCACCAGGAAACAAACUGUAAAAGUCCAACGAUGCUUCGUCGUUGUCACCACUUUCGGCUAUCGAGAAUUUGGAAACCCCGACCGCAAGAUCUCCGCAAAUUUAUGGAACUCCAGUGAAGGUCGAUGAGGAAGUGAUAGUAAUGGAUGGAAUUUUGAUCAGUUCGGUCCCUGGGGGAGCGAAGACUAUGAGGUCUGCUUCAGAAUCUGUAACCGGCGGGGGUUCAUUGUCGGGCAAAAACUUAUACAGAACCGAUAUUUGCCGCUCAUGGGAGGAUUCUGGAAGCUGCCGCUACGGCCAUAAAUGCCAGUUUGCACAUGGAAAGGAGGAGCUUCGCCCAGCUCGUUUACCCGUUAAAAACAAACCUAAGGUUAGCGAUUCAUAUUGUACCACUUAUGGCCACUCCAAGUUCUGCGACAGCCAUGCAUUAGCUGUAACAACAUCGCAUUCGUACGUAAUAGAUACAAUCAACAAUAGUGAAGUUAGCAGAAGCGAAGGUGGUAAAACAAUGUCGAUACGACACAUGAACACUAAGCCAUCCCUGAUCUCUACCAUUUCCAUCGUUGACUGGUCACCAGAAGAUGAUGGCAUCAAGAUUGUUCUCCCUAAUUCAAAGAGCACGAAAAGGGAAGAUGUAAACCAGUAUAUCCAUGAGGUUCUUUAUGGUUCGACCAACGAGAGGACCAAAAAAAGACUGCCAGUGUUCACUCAACUUUGCUCUGAAAAGCUUCAACAGAAAUAGGAAUAGGAAUAGGCAUAAUAUGCAUACAACCUUUUUCCUAGGAUAUAUCAAUUCUAUCACUUCAAACUACUUCUCCUAAUGCUUCCCAUUUUGUUUUGAAACACUCAACAGAUUUGUAGAAGCUACACGACAUGCAAUGCAUAAAGAUGGGUUAUGUUAAAGAAAUUAACAUAA